UGAAAACAGACUGUUGCGCCCUCUCUGACAUGUUUUAUAAGGCCUCCUGCACAGAAAGCACACAUAACCACAGAAUUCCUUACCAGGAGCAUUCCGUGGGGUUAAGGGCAUUCCUCGUUAGGUAUCGCCUCCUGAUCGAAUCUUCUGCUUGUCUUAGAACACUCCGGUGGCAGCAGCGCCUCACCAUGGCCCAGUGUGUGAAUCUUCUGGUCUUUCUCCAUGGAGUGCUUGCAUUUCAGACAAAAGGGGUGCUUGGUUUGUCGGAGGAGAGCAGUGACAGCAGUCGUGGAUACAAGAAAAGCUACUAUAUAUUUCAGAUGCUGCCAAUUCAAAACUUGAAGGGGAGACCAGAGAAUGCCUUUGACAGGAAGGCAGCUGACCCGCCAGCUCUGUGGCCUUCCAGUGUUUUGGGAGCAAGAGAUGUAAUUAGACCAGCCGUCUGCACCGUGGCAAGUGUCCGGCUUCGGCCAGUGCCCGUCACCCCUAGACAAAAUCCGCCCACGGUGGCUCCUCGCUGGUUGGGGAGCACAGCUCUGAGAGGCCCUGUCCCCACACCUUUCACCCAGGCCAGGAUACCACAGACAAAGGGACUGGCCUCUGUACCUAGAAACCGGGGGACCCACUUCGCUGUGUCAGCCAGGUUUCCUCCGACACCCCGAGUUCUGACGACUGCGGGUCUCCCCACAAACGGAGCCCUUCACGGCACCAGUGUCCCCACCUCUCCCACAACUAAGGAGCCCCGAGGAGAUAUGUAAGUCGAUGUGGCAGUGCCCCCUUCUCUUGGCAGGGGACCCACGUCUGUCUGUGUUGCUGUCUGGGUGCGGAGAGCAACGUUCGGGAGAAGUGUUCACGCUCGGGGGGCCCAGGCAAUCACCCCUGUGACGUAUCCUGGGAACCCGGCUCUUUUACGGGAUUCACCUCAAUCACCAACUCCUCUAGAAGUGAAAUUCCUCAAGAAGGAAGCUUCACGGCCCCCGAGAAAGUGAUUUUGUCACGUGCUGUGUGACUCUGAGACAAUUCCUCACUCUUACCAAAAAAUCAAAUGGUGGGGCGCCUGGGUGGCUCAGUCGGUUGGGCGUCUGACUUCGGCUCAGGUCAUGAUCUCACGGUCCGUGAUUUCC